UCAAGUCCAUCGUCUAUAAAACCCCACACAGCCGCAAAUUCGAAUCAAAUCAGACUAACAAAAAUAAACUAGAGAUCUCGAAACGGAACAGAGUCGAAUCGAAAUCAAAACCAAAUCUAACCGAACCGAACCGAACCGGGUGUGUGCUUGUCUUUUCUUCUUUGUUAUUUCCAAUGGCGAAGAAGGCGAUGAAGGAGGAGGAAGAGAAUCGAAACUCGUCGACGCAGUCAAAGUACAGAGGCGUGAGGAAGAGGAAAUGGGGAAAAUGGGUGUCGGAGAUCAGACUUCCACACAGCAGAGAACGCAUCUGGUUAGGCUCCUACGACACUCCCGAGAAGGCGGCGCGUGCCUUCGACGCCGCUCAGUUUUGUCUCCGCGGCUGCGAUUCAGAUUUCAAUUUCCCCGAUAAUCCACCGUCGAUCUCCGGAGGAAGGUCGUUGACGGCUCCGGAGAUCCGAGAAGCUGCUGUUCGGUUCGCCAACGCUCAGGACGAUACUAUUAGUGUCCGGGGAGAAGAAUCGGGUUUGUCGGAAAUCCGACCGGAGUCUCCUUCAACUUCCGUCGUGUCUGAAGUAGCUACGUCGUCGGCGACAACGCUGGAUUGCGAUAUGUCGUUCUUCCUAGAUAUGAUUCCUACUGAUUUCGAGAUGUUUCCAGGGUUUGAUGACUUCUCCGACGGCUUCUCUGGUGAUCGGUUUACUGAGAUUUCACCCAUUGAAGACUACGGAGGAGAAGAGAUUUUUGAUGGGUCUUUGUUUCUUUGGGACUUUUAAAUAUCCAAAGACAGAAAAAAAUCGUAAAGAGCGAGUUGUGGUUUCUUCGGGGAUAUGGUGGAGUAAUCUGGAGAUUUUUUUUUUUGUAAGACGGAGCUCCGACAACCCGGAAACUUGAUUCGUUUCGGAUUCUGUAAUAUGAUGACGUGGAUGAUCAUUCUUCAUAUCAUUCCUAUUUUUUCAUUUUUUUGUCAUUAAUUAAAAUCUUUGGAUAAAUAACAAAUCAUUGUUCAUUCUGUCAA